AGGCGGACGUGUUGUUUCAGCUGUUCGUCUCGUUCCAUUUUUUUCUGACAAAUCUCAAUAUUAAGCUGCUCAACAUGACACCUCACGAGCUCCUUAGGGCAUGACACCUUUAGGGCCAAACACGGAUCGAAGAUCACCGCACGAACUCAGCUCUCUUCCUGUGUGAAGGGUAAAGAUGUUGGGUGGGUCUGCUUUGCAAUCUGCAGCCGACAUCAUGGUCGCCGGCAUUUCCUUGUUCGUUUGUUUGUGGGUAUUCGUGCUGGUCGCUGCCGUCCUCUGCUCCGCAGCCUUUCUGCAGAACGCCAAGAGCGUUUCCUGAAGCAGAAGGAUGUCAUUUGCAAAUCCUGGUUAUUUGAUUGCGGGGAAACAGGGAAGGGGUACAAAAAAUGUCUUCCUGCUCAAGUGCCGCGUUCUAGAUCAGUAAAGCUCGGUGUCCGAAGAACAGGUAUUCCCCUUUUGUCAAAGAAGGGUGUUGACUCUGCUUCAGGCAAACACAGAUUGAGAUUGAGAUUCGCAUGUGGUAUGCACCUUCCUGAAAUGCCAAGCACCUUUCCUAACGUAUUCACAAACUCGUAACAACCUUGCGAGCGAGAUACAAACGAUCAGCAAAAGGAUCAAUGACAUCUCAAGAAGAAGAAAUGUACCAUUUCCAUAGGACCGUUGAAGCCACAAGUUCUAGUACACUAUUGCAGCAAGGCAGCAUGAUGGUCAACAGGCACGAGAAGUGCCUUUUACAGAAGAAGUUGAUACCAUGGGUUUUGAUGAAGAAAUAAAAAUUGUAAUGAAACAACCGACAAAAGACAAGAAGCGGAGAGGUCAGUCCUAGUGGUAGGCAUUGGUGGUUCAUGUGAAAAAACACUUCGAUUGUUUUGCGCGGGUUUUUUUUUCCUUAUCUUUCGUCCAAUUGAUAUUCUAAGACGUAUGUCAAAAAGGUUUCUUUAAAGAGAGAAAGGAGAUUGGGGGUAGACCAUGUGAGAGAGUUUGACAAACGAGCUUGGAGAAAAACUUUUCAACUACCUACGAAAGAAAUGGUUCAUAAUCGUGCUGGAUGACGUUUGGAGAAGAAAUGCAUGGGACACAUUGCUGCCUAGGAAUCUUAAAGGAAUCAUAAUCGUGAUAACAACUCGAAUUCAAGGCAUAUCUUUCCCACUGGAAGCAGAUGGGCUCACAUGCUUUCUGCGCCAAGUGAAUCCUUUACCUGCAAAAGCUGCAAUUGAACACUAUUAUGUAGAAAUGCAUUCAGAUGGAUACGUGAUCACAAAGCUUGUCCUCACGAGCUGACAGAACUGUGCAAAAAUCUAGUUGACAAAACAGGUGUCACCACUUGCAAUUGUAUCUCUAGGAAAACUAAUGUCUACCAAGCAAAGGACGAAGCUGGUGUGGAAAAAGACUUUAGAUAAUCUGAGCUGCAAGGAAUUGUCUCCUUAUCUUAAACCAUACUUCCUCUAUUGUAGUGUCUUUACUGAAGUUUAUCAAAUUGAAAAGGAAAGGCUGAUCAGUCUAUGGAUCGCAGAGGGGCUUACAAAAGUAAGGGUCUCCCUAUUCAAGAACUAAUUAGCGGGGACAUGUUACCAGUUGUGAAGACCAACCAUGAUGGCGGAGUAAGUAGAUGUUCACUUCAUGAUCCGGUAAGGGAACUUGCAAUCAAUCAGCCAGAGGGUUAAGAUUUUUGCACGAUUUUAGAAAGAGAAACCACAAAUACCAGGGGAAGAUCUCAACAUUUGUCUAUUCUAAGCAAGCAGAAGCUCCACCAAGUACAGUAGAUUUGCAACGCUUGCAUUCACUCUUUGUUUCUUAUGACACUAUCGCAUAACCUUGUCUGGUGAGGAUGCUGUCAAGUUUAAAAUUAGUGAGAGUUCUAGUUAUACAAGGGGCUAAAACUCAAGAGCUUACACGCAAUAUUGGUGAUCUGCUGUAUUUGAAGUACUUGAAUUUAAGAGGAACCAUGGUCCGGAAACUCCCGAAGACAUUUUCGAAGCUAAUCUACCUGCAGUCUCUUGGCAUACGGCUUGCAUUCACUCUUUGUUUUUUUUGGCACUAUCAUACAACCUUGUCUGGUGAGGAUGCUGACCAGUUUAAAACUAGUGAGAGUUCUAGAUAUGCAAGGAGCUAAAAUUCAGGAGCUUCCAAGCAGGGUUGGGAAGCUGCUGCAUUUAAGGUACCUGAAUUGAAGAGGAACCAUGGUCCGGAGACUGUCAAAGACCUUUUACAAGCUCGUCGCCUGUAGACUUUUGACAUACGGCGGACUCCAGUUGAAGUAUUAACCAACGGGAUUCAAAAGAUGAUGAAUUUGCGCCGUUUGUAUGACUGAAUAACUUACAAGGAGCACAUGUCAAAACAACUAUCUAGUGGGUUGGGGAACUUAAGCUACCUCCAAACGCUGUUUGCCUUGACAGGUAACAAGAGAGAAACGCUCACAGAUUUGGAGAACUUGACCGGCCUCAAAUGGCUAGCGAUAUAUCAAAUUUGCAAGGACGACGUCUGUGAACUUCGUGCGUCUAUCCAAGAGAAGAACGACCUCUACAGUCUAUUGAUUCAUUGUCUGAGACGCUUGAGUUCAUCCGCUAUUCUUACUCCUCUACCUCAAUUGAGACUCCUGUGCUUGUACAGUCAAUUGGAAAGGAUGCAACCUCUCCGUGGAUCCCUCAACAACCUCUCAUUGUUAACUUUAUUCAAGUCUAGUUGCGAGAUGAUCCAUUCCCAUUUCUUUCGUUGUUGCCUAAUAUGCAAUUUCUUAACCUUUCUGCCUCUUACGAAGGACGUCAAUUAGGAUGUGAAGCCAAGGGGGUUUCCUAAGCUGGUCUUCUUGUUCCUCUUGAGUUUAGGAUCUCUUGAAACGGUGAUAUUUGAGGAAGGCUCGAUGCAAAACAUCAAGACGCUUGGGAUCCAUGGAUGCUUGAAGCUGGAACCAGUGCCUCAAGGCAUUCAUCAGUUGAUGAACCUCUUCACUGAGAUGACUCCUGAGUUCAUUAGGAGGCUGAAGAAGGAUGGAGUGAGGAUUGCCCACUUGUUCAACGUGUUCCCAAACUUUCAAUGUGUUCCCAAACUCUUGCUUCUGCGGUACGAUGAUAGAGAAGGAUACCAAAGUCUAGUUUUUGUCCAUUGCACGACAAAGACAAGAUGCAGUAAGUCCCUUCCCUUCUUCUUCCCUUUACAUUAAAUUUCAAUCUGUAGUCACAACAGCAGGUUGCGAAUCCUCUUUGUUUUUUCUAAAUUAUUUUCAGAUGCGCUGCUCUACUAAGUACGCAUUUUUCUUUCUGUGAA